UGCAGGCAGGAGGUCGGAGCAGUUUGACGAUCGGCGCGUUGUUUUCCGUGUGGCUGUGCCGAUUUCAUGUGGAAGAGGUAGAAAGCGACCGAGAAAAGCAGCACCCUCGUCCUUCUCUAAAGGGAAAUUAUUUGGCGUUUCCCCAAAUAAGAAGUUCAAAACCAGCGGAGGAUGGAAAUGUGUAUUCCGUGUUGUCUUACACAGCUGGCUUGUUGCUGUGGCUCAGCAGCCUGCUCUUGCUGCUGUAACUGCUGCCCCAAGAUUAAACAGUCCACUGGGACCCGAAUCAUGUACGCUCUCUACUUCCUGCUGGUCACUAUCGUCUGUGUCAUCAUGAUGUCCCCCACUGUGGAGGGCCACCUGAAAGAACUUAUCCCCUUCUACAGUGCAAUGUGCGAGAAGUUGAAUGCAGGGGAGAACUGCAAAACUUUGGUUGGCUACUCUGCCGUCUACAAGGUGUGCUUCGGCAUGUCCUGCUUCUUCUUUCUCUUUUGUCUCUUCACAAUAAAAGUCAACACCAGCAAAGGCUGCAGGGCAGCCGUGCAUAAUGGGUUCUGGUUGCUGAAGUUUAUCGUUCUGGUGGCGUGCUGUGCUGGAGGCUUCUUCAUCCCAAAUGAGGAAACCUUUCUUGAAGUGUGGCGCUAUGUAGGAGCAGCCUGUGGGUCCCUCUUCCUGCUGAUCCAGCUCAUGCUGCUGGUGGAGUUUGCCCACAGAUGGAACACUAACUGGAGCUCAGGAGUGAAGUACAAUCGUCUGUGGUAUGGAGCUUUGGCAUUUGUAACUCUGAUGCUGUUCACCAUUGCCGUAGGAGCUAUAGUCUUUAUGGGUGUGUAUUACACCCAUUCCCAGGCAUGUUUACUCAACAAGAUCUUCCUGGGCAUCAACGGCAGCCUGUGUCUCAUUGUCUCCCUGCUGGCCAUCUCCCCAUGCAUACAGAAACUGCAGCCCACAUCAGGCCUGCUGCAGCCUGGAGUCAUCAGUGUGUACGUCAUGUACCUUACCUUCUCAGCUUUCUCCAGCAAACCAAAAGAGAUGGUGGAGAUAAAUGGUGUGAACACAACUGUGUGUGUUUUUCCCUUCAACUCCGGGCUGGAGAGCGACAAGAAGAUUGUCACUGCCCUGGGAAGCAUUAUCCUGUUUGGCUGUAUCCUUUACUCUUGCCUGACAUCCACCACCAGACGAAGCUCUGCAGCGCUCAGAGUGUGCAGGAACAGUGAGCCAGAGACUGAGAGAGCUCGCUGCUGUUUCUGUUUUGGAGAUGACACAGAUGAGUACGAUGAGGAGAAAACAGGUUCAGGCCAGAACGUGGUGUAUGAUGAGAGAGAGGGAACCAUCUACAGCUACGCCUACUUCCAUUUUGUCUUCUUCUUGGGUUCGCUCUACGUCAUGAUGACCAUCACCAACUGGUUUAAUUAUCAUAACCAUGAGAUUGAGAAGUUGUUGGAUGGUAGCUGGUCUGUGUACUGGCUCAAGAUGGUCUCCUGCUGGGUCUGUCUUGUGCUUUACAUGUGGACCCUCGUCGCUCCCAUGGUCUGCCCGAAGCGCUUCGAGGCCUAGGACUCAAUCACCUCACUUGAGUCAGACAGCUCUGAGAAUCACCAGAUAGAAGCUCACGCUGAGCCAAGGGACCACCACAGCCCCCUUUUUGGUGAAACACAACCCAACACUACCCUCAGUGUUUGAUAUGGAGGAUUAUCUGUUGCCUUUUGUUUUAUAUUUUGUUUUGUUUUUUUUUGUUUUGUUUUUAAUUUUUACAGUGUUAAGCUUUUAAUACCUUGAUGGUAAUUUUGUUAUCUUUUACUACUUUCUCCUGGGGUUUUGUAUUACUUACACGUUUUGAAAAUAUAAAGCAACAUGGAGUUUAGUUACAUUUCUUAAACAUGUGAAGCAUCCUACACCCAUUGAUUCCUCGGUAAUCUUGAAGUUUUUUGUAUAUGCGUGUCUUCUUUUUGUUUUUUUAUAUUUUAAAUCUCAGCCAGACAUUUCAUUUCAGUUCUCUACCUUAGGACCAUAAAGUUGUAGCAAAGUUGUGGGGCAAAUUUAUUUCAGGUUGUGGAUGUUGGCAGAGAAAUUGUAUUUAUUUGUGUGUCUCAAGUAAUAAGGAAUCAUUUUGUGAAUAGGUGUGGUGCAAAUUGAAGUAGAUUUGUCCCAGACUUUGGUAAAGAAAUCAUCUCUCAGGCUCAGAUGUCAGCUGUACAUGUUUAUGCUUUGUUAUGUUGCGCCCUUUUUAGACGUUUUCUAUGCAACAGAACAAGCUUUUUCAAUAUUAUGUUCACCCAAUGUUGUGCAGUUUCUGGUUAGACCUCAGUGAUUUCAUGUUCCAGAUUUUAUGAGUGUUAGUGCUCCCUUUGAGCAGGAUGUUUUCUUAGGAAAAUCCAUGUGUUCAACAUUUCCUGUCAUAAUGGUUUUUAUACGGGGCAGUGCUCUUUGAAUCAACCUGCCUUACCGUAGAGUGACGUUAGUAAAGAGUCACUUCUCUGGAUGACAGAGAAUUCAUUUGUUUGCCAAAGGGACAUGUCGAAAGAAAAACAUAUUACGCUAUACAAAUGUUUGGGCAGUGGUCAUGGAGAAAGCUAUGAUCAUUUUGUUUUUGCAUGCACACAGAGACUCUUAAAUCAGAUGUUUUUUGUACAUUUCUAAAAGCUUUUGUGUCAUUUCUGUUACUUGUCAGCUCAUAAAGGCGGUCAGAAUAAGGUAGCAUGAGUGCUUCAUCUUGAGUUAUUCAACACUGGAUGUUGAGUUUACUGCCAAUUUAAAAUACACACAAUCCUUUACAUGUUUGUUAGCUGUGUAACAUUUUAUUAUUGUAUAAAAUACAAAUUUUGCACUUCUGCAACUGCAAGCCGUUUGUUUUCAUUUACUAUUCAGUAUGUUCUUAUCUGAUGGUAUUGCUAACACGUUUUUUUAAUAUCUUUAUGUACAUUCAGGCUAAAGUUCUGUGAUCUGUGGGAGUUGCAGAUUUUGUAAUUUGUCAAAAUUUGUGUAAAUAAUUCUGCAUUUUAACUAUCUGUGAAAAUGUAGAAGUAAAAUGGUGCUCUGCAGCUUUGAUACUGAGCUACAAAAAGUCCAAAUCAGAAAGCAGGACUCCUGUGAGGCUGUGUGACUAUGUAACUCACUGAAACUCUUUUUGACCAAGAAGUUUGGAAUACAGAGAUGUGGGUGCCAUGCAGCUCAAAGUGUUCACACUCUGUCAAUAAAACAUACAUUGAACUCCA